CCCCUGAUUGUGCACAGCAGAAAAUGGUCCUUUAGUCUGAUUGGCUCCUGGGGGGGAUGACAAUGUGGAUGAGAGUGUGGAGAUGGAAUGAGAGAGAGAGUGGAAAGUAAAAGGGAGAGAGGAAGAAGUGCAUAGAGAGCGAGAGAGAGAGAGGGGGGGAGAGAGAGAAGUAGAAACUUUUCAAAGAAUGACAGCCAGUAUAGUUGAGAGGGAGCAUGGACCCAAGGUGACUCUAUAGGGAACUGAUGCACUGCAGGCAGUUACUUCCACAACUUUUACAAGGGGAAUUUAGUGAGCUUUGAGAGAAAAGAAGAAGAGACAGAUAAGAGAAGAAGAGCAAAAACUGUCUGAAAAGGACAGAGAAAAAAUAAAUAAGGAAAAAUAGAAGGAAAAUGAGAACGUAGCCAUUUGAAGAUACAAGAAAGACACAAGAAACAAAGGCCUGUCAUCAGUGGAUCAUCGUAUCACCAAAGAAAACACAAAACCUCAUUUUGAAAACAAAUUUAUUUGAUUUGCUUUUGAGUAUCCAUCAUGGGAGAUCGAAAUCACCACCAUCCUGGGGGUGGUAGGCCUGUCUACACCCUCCUACUCAGCAUAGGUCUGGCCUUGCUGGCCCCGUUGUCUGAGGCCCAGGGCCGUAUGAAUAGAGCCAAGACAGAAGAGGAGAGUGGAGCAGGGCUGCUGAGGAGGGUGAAGAGAGGCUGGGUAUGGAACCAGUUCUUUGUGCUGGAGGAGUACACUGGACUGGAGCCACUGUACAUAGGAAAGCUCCACUCAGACAUGGACCUAGGGGACGGCUCCAUCAAGUACAUCCUGUCAGGCGAUGGUGCGGGCACCACCUUCACCAUUGACGACAGUACAGGUGACAUCCAUGCUAUCAAGAGGCUGGACCGUGAGGUGCAGGCCCAGUACCUUCUGCGAGCCCAGGCCUGGAACAGACAAACAGACCGACCCCUGGAGCCUGAGUCUGAGUUUAUCGUCAAAAUCCAGGACAUCAAUGAUAAUGAACCAAAGUUCCUGGAAGGGCCCUACCAGGCCACCAUACCUGAGAUGUCAACCAUCGGCACUGAGGUGAUUCAGAUGACAGCCACAGAUGCAGAUGACCCUACGUAUGGUAACAGUGCCAGGGUGGUCUACAGCAUCCUACAGGGACAGCCAUACUUCUCUGUAGAGCCUAAGACUGGUGUGGUGCGUGUGUCUCUGGCGGGCAUGGACCGCGAGGUCAGGGAGAACUACUCUGUCAUCAUCCAGGCCAAGGACAUGGGAGGCCAGCUAGGGGGUCUGGCUGGAACCACAGUGGUUAACAUCACCCUCAGUGACGUCAAUGAUAACCCACCCAUGUUUGAUCAGAAGCUGUACCAGAUGAGUGUUCCAGAGUCGGCUCCGGUGUCAUCUGUUGUGGGUCGUAUCCGGGCGAAGGACCGUGACAUUGGCAUCAAUGCAGAGAUGAGGUACAGCAUAAUCGACGGAGACGGGAGGGACACCUUCGACAUCAACACAGACCCAACCAACCUGUUUGGCAUCAUCACCAUCAAAAAGCCUCUGAACUUUGAGACCAAGGCGAGCUACACGCUGAAGAUCGAAGGAGCCAACACACACGUUGACCACCGUUUUCCGGAUAAGGGCCCGUUCAGCCAUGUCACCAUCGUUCACGUCAGCGUAGAGGAUGUGGACGAGCCCCCAGAGUUUAGCUCGGCUGCCUACUACAUAGCAGUCCCUGAGGACACAGAGAUCAGCACAAUGUUUAUGACGGUCUCCGCUAGAGACCCCGAUGCUGCCAACACCUCCAUCAGGUAUUCCAUAGAGAGGAACACUGACCUGGGGAAAUACUUCUACAUUGACAUCACUUCCGGGGCAUUGAUGACAGUGCUUCCUUUGGACAGAGAGGAGUUCUCCUGGCAUAACAUCACCGUCCUGGCCAUGGAGAUGAAUAACCCCAGGAUGAUCGGGAGUGUGUCUGUAGCCGUGAAGAUUCUGGACGUGAAUGAUAACCCUCCGUUGCUGACACAGUACUUUGAAGCCUUUGUCUGUGAGAGUGCCAAUGCCGGACAGCUGAUUCAGACAGUGACGGCAGUAGACGCAGAUGAUCCUCUGGGAGGUCAUCACUUCUACUACAGCCUGGCCGUAGAGGCAGCUAAUAACCCCAACUUCACCCUUAGAGACAACCAAGACAACACAGCAUGGAUCCUGACGCGUCGCAGGGGCUGGUCUCAGCAAGAUCAGUCAGUCUACUACCUUCCUAUCUUCAUCUCAGAUGGAGAGCAGCCAGUCCAGACCAGCACCAGCACCCUGACCAUCCGUGUGUGUAGCUGCGAUGUGGAGGGCAACGUUAUGUCCUGUAAUGCUGAGGCCUACCACCUCCCGGCUAGUCUGAGCAGAGGGGCGCUCAUCGCCAUACUGGCAUGUAUCUUUGUCCUGCUCGUGAUGGUCCUGCUCAUGUUGUCCCUCCAGAGCCACCAUAAGAAGCCCUACCUGCACGAUGAGGAAGACAACGUCCAUGAGAACAUUGUCCGCUACGAUGACGAGGGGGGCGGAGAAGAGGACACCGAGGCCUUCGACAUCGCUGCCAUGUGGAACCCACGCGAGGCCCACCUAGUGGGGAAGCAACGUCAGGACAUGCUGCCUGAGAUUGAGAGCCUGUCGCGUUACGUUCCCUUAGCAUCAGUAGGUGGGCCGGGUUGUGGUGGUGGAGACAGCAACGUCCAGGGGUAUGUGCUAGCCAAGCUCCUGGAGACGGAUCUGAACCCCUGCGCCCCGCCUUACGACUCCCUGCAGACGUACGCCUACGAGGGGGAGGGAUCGGUGGCCGAGUCCUUGAGCUCGCUGCAAUCUGGGUGCUCCAAUACUGAUCAUGAGUAUGACUAUCUCAAUGACUGGGGGCCCAGAUUUAAGAAACUGGCAGAGAUGUAUGGGGUUCUAGAGACGAACAACCCUCCCAUGUGGUAGAGGGGAGGAAGGAAGGAGAGACUACCCCCUACAUACACACACCUUAGAGAAAGAGUGGAAACAGAGUCAUAGAGAGACAAUGACUGAAACAGUGACAAACACAGAGGCUGAAACAGAGAGAUAGCCACAGGACUAGAGAGAGAGAAAGAGAGUUUGAAAGGUGUGCUCGUCAUAUAACUGUAGCACUUGCAAAUGCACAGCUAAGCAUCGCCUGUUCUCCACAGUUUGAGCCGUGUAGCUUCCUAGCUACCAUCACAAUCCCUCCCCAUCCACAGGAAGAGUCUUUAGAGGAGCCUGGACUGACUGACUGACAGACAGCACAACGAGACCCUCAAAGCAAAGGGCUUCAAAGCACACGUUAGUUAACUCCUGUGGCCAACCCAGGCCCUAGCCACAGGCGCCAGCAGCUCUUUGGUUCAAAGGGUUCGAUUCCCCUCAGAAGAACACAAGAUAGGGGAGCGAAGGGCAAAUGUGGAACUCAGAAUACAUUACCUGCCGAUACACAUGUAUGCAGGAGACAAACAAACUCUGAAACGCUGACUUAUUUUGGCAGUUUGUUUUGCCGAUUUAAAUUUUAAAAAAUUUCUCUCUUC